UUCAAUGGAGCGGUGGUGAGUGUCGCGUCUAUUUGCGCGGCGGGGCGGUGGGCGAGAGAGCGCAGGCAAGCAAGCAGAAAGAGGAGAGCCGUCGAGGCGGAUGCUGCGAUCGCCGCCGGAGUUCCUGCAUGGGGCGCGGAGCCGCUGCCGCUCUUGAUCCGUCGGCAGUGCGGCUCGGGGGAGCCGGUUUCCCCCACGCGGACUCGCGCCCGCUCCUUUUCCUCGCCGCCGUCCCGCCCGCUGUGAGUCUAUGAACCCGGCGAAGUAGGACCUGCCGCAUCCAUCCUUCCUUCCUGCUCGCCCCUUUUCCUCCCGUCUUGGCUCGCUUCUUUCUGCUUUUGGAUGCUGUUUCCAGCCUCCUCGCCUCUCCUUCUCCACCACCCGCCUCCUCGUCCCGCUCUCCGUGCAGCAGCAUCCGCCGCCGCCGUCGGGGCUGCUCCGCUCGCGGCGGCGCCAUGCACACGGUGCAGAAGGACACUACCUUCACCAAGAUCUUCGUCGGGGGGCUGCCCUACCACACCACGGACUCCUCGCUGAGGAAGUACUUCGAGGUGUUCGGGGACAUCGAGGAAGCCGUAGUCAUCACCGACCGGCAGACGGGCAAAUCCCGCGGAUACGGCUUCGUGACCAUGGCUGACCGGGCUGCAGCUGAGAGGGCCUGCAAGGAUCCCAACCCCAUUAUUGAUGGCCGAAAAGCAAAUGUCAACCUAGCAUAUCUAGGAGCAAAACCAAGGAGUAUUCAGACUGGUCUCACCUUAGGGGUGCAGCAGUUACAUCCAACUCUCAUUCAGAGACCCUACGGGAAUAUGUUGAAUGAAAAGCUGGCACAUCACUUUAUCUACCCUCAAGCAAUUGUUCAGCCCAGCAUGGUCAUCCCGACCCCGGUGCAGUCCAUCACGUCUCCCUACAUAGAUUACACCCCUGCAAGCCAAGCCUACUCACACUUCACCACAGCUGCCUACGACCAGUACCCAUAUGCUGCUUCGCCCGCUACCAGUUUCAUGGGAUAUGGCUACCCAAGUGCUGUUCAGCAACCUCUCUCAGCCACCAAUCCGCCAGUAGCAGCUCCCACAGCUUUUGUGCAGUACCAGCCGACGCAGCUGCCUCCUGACCGAAUGCAGUAAGAGGUUGGCCCUGGAGUUCCCUCCUCCCCCUGCACACACACCAGCCCUUCCAGGAAGCCUUUUCUUUACCUUUGAUGAAAUAGAUGGAAACUGUGUUGGGGCGGAGGUGGGGGGGCCUUCUGACAGAGGAAAGCAAUCUUCUUCAAGUACGUUAAAAAACUUGAUUAGGAAGAAUGCGUAUCGAUACCUAAGCUAUUUAUAAUGUUCCGGGCAAGUUUUUUACAUUCUUGCAGAAAGACUCACACUUGCAACAAUGACCUUUGGGAAACUCUUUUAUUUGUAUUUUCUUUUUUUAUCAGGACAAUAUAUCAUUGCAAAGAUGAACUGUAUAAAAAGGACUUUUUCUUAAAGUGAAGGCUACAGGCUCUGGCACAUGCAUCGAUAUCUACAUCCACCACCAAUACCUUUCUUCCUCGCUUCUGCCACUUAAGAUUACUCCGUAUGCAGGGCUCAUCCCAUCAAAUCCUACUCUCUGGAUAGUUACCGUCACCUCAGCAAGGACUUGAAAAGUACAGAAAUGAUUUUUAAAAAGCAGACUGUUUUGGCUCAUAUUAAAAACUUUGUAAUAUUCAGAUGCCUUACCGGAAAAAAGUAUUUUAAUAUUUAUUGUGAUCCCUUUAUUCACAAGAGCUGUGAAUUGCAGGUGGAAAACUAGUAAAUGCCUGCCUUGUGUAACUCUCAACUAAAUUAUUGUAUGUAGGUGGGAAAAAAGUUGCUAAGUAACUGCUAAAUCACUUUCACCAUGCAAAAAGGGAAUAUUGGCUUUAAGGACGGUGAAAUAUUCCUUUGGUCAACGCACUGUAAUUUUUUCUUAUUGUAAUUGUUAUUCUUUUAAAAUUAUCUCAAAGUUUUAGGUAUAUUUUUAAAGCAAAAAGAAGAAAAAAAUAUUAAACCUAUUGUCUACUUUGAUAGAUCUUUUGUUAAUAAUGCUGCAAAGUCUAGAGAAAUUUUACAAUAUUUAUAUAAAAGCUAAGCAAGGUCACAGGCCAGCAGCGCUUAGAAUGUCAGUAACAGAUCAGAGUUCUAAAAUGGUGUUACUCACUUGAACAAAAGGGUUUAAAACAUGACAUUUUAAUACCCAAUGGUACAAACUGCUGAUUAAGUAAAAGACAGUGUAAGUUAAGUGCAUUUUUUCAAAGAAGAAAAGCAAUAAAGUAUUUUAAUUUUUAAAACAA